CUUGUGUUACUGUGUUAUUAGUGUGUAAAUAUGAUUUUUAACUUUAUUUAGAAUGGUUUAUAGAUCUUUAGUGUAUAUAAUAGGCUAUUUCAAAUAAUGAACAUCAUGAUUGGCAGCCAGUUAAAACCGAUAGAAAAAGCAAAUAUGAUUCCGGGGCAACCAUCUCUUUCCACAAGUGAUAGGUCCAAAGCCUGGCACAUGGAAUUAUUUAUGGAGCGGCUGCGAUCAAGAUCAAGUCAAUUGAAAAGCUUUCAAGAUACCUCAAAAGCUGUGCGAAUGGGAUUAUUGGAUAAAAGACAUUCAUUAGAUUCUGUUGAAAAAUCUCAAUUGCAAAAAACUUUAGAUGCAUUGCAACAUGAAAUUAAAGUUACAUCUUUACAAGGAUUUGUUGAGAGAUUAGAGAGUCUCACGAGGCAACUUGGAUUAAAAUUUAUGGUUGGGCCAUCAGGUGUUGAGUUAUUUAUUUCUUCUGAAAUGUUUUAUUUAGAAAUACUAUUAGAGAGUAGUGGUGCAGUUAAAGAUGUGAAAGUAAAUCAUGAUGGAAAGAAUUCUGGUACUUGUGAAGAAUUUGUGAGAUGCCUUAGCCAAGGAGACUUCAAUGAUUUUGCUAGUCAAUUGGAAGGGUUAGCUAGUUUAUAUCAAAUUAAUGCAGAGAAAAAAUUAAAAGCAAAAGCAUUUGUAGCACUGCAGGCUUUAGAGACUGAUUUGGGAUUACUUUAUCAACUUCAAAAUUUUCCAAAGAAUCCUGUUACGAUAAUACUUAGAUGUUCAGUUGGUGCUUUACAGAAGCGACGAGGAGGUCAUCCAAUGAAGUUAACAUAUUUUAUAUCUCCAUAUGAACUUAUAAAUAAAGAUAAAAAGUGCUUUGAUCCAUUAACAUUGGAAAAUGUAUUAUCUAAAUCUCUUGGUCAUAGUGUUACUGUCAGCAUUGAAGGUUCAACAAUGCAUGAUCUUCAAGUUGUUUCUAUUGUUACUCAAGGAAGACCACCAGGAACACCGUCUUAUGCUCCUCUUGGUCCAACUACAAGUGUACAACUGCCAGCUCAUUUUGUUUUACGAUUACAUCAACCUAUGCCUUUAUGUGUUGCAUUAGCCACAAGACUUCAACAAAUAACUGGAUUAGAAAUAGGAGAUCUUACGACUACUCAUCCUAUUUUAAGUCUUAUAACUCAACAUGUUUCAAAAGGAAGUCUUGAUUCAGCAUCACGGGGUCUCUUUGUUUCAUUGCCGGACCAAUUACACUGUUAUUUUAUGACUGAGCGUAGGGGUUUAGAUGGAAUUUUAAUAAGUCGUGUACCUUUUACACAUCCUGCACAUGUACCUCAAGCAUUAGCUAUUUUAAGACAACAGGCACUUUUUAAUGAAUUAAUAACAAGUUGUAUUAGGCCAAAUAGCAAACAAGAUAUUGAAUCAGCACUGAUGUUUGAAUUAUGCCCUCUAACAUGCCAACAUAUAUCUAUUACUCUUGAAAGACCUUACAAUGAAACAGUGUCGACUUUUGAAAUUGAUUUAAGUUCUAUAUCAACAAUGAGAUGUAAGUUAUACAGUGGCGGAGCAAAAUGUACAGAAGCUUUAACUGAUCAAUUAGCUAAAAUUUUGCAAUGUUGUCUCUCAAUACCUGUCACAAUGAGGGCAUUAUUAAAAUUAUGGCAAGAAGAGAAAUAUGAUCAUAAUAAUUUGAAUGAAAUGAAUGGAGGAAAUUUUAGUUUGGGCCUCGGAUCAGAUGACCCAGGAGGGAAUAAUGGUGGUUCAAAUGGGGGCCCAAAUGGUGGCUUUAAUGAUCAUAAGCUAAAGCUAGAUUCUACCAUGCAACAAACCAUGAAGCAAAAUGCAUUCAUGUCCUCUGAACAUGUUAGUGCUAAUGAAAAUGUGGGUGAUUUAUUUCCUCCUGUUAUUGAUGGAGAUAGAACUAAACGUAAAAGGCCAGCUAGUGAUGAUUUAUGGGAAGUGUCACCCAAACGAUCAGCUUCUGAUUGUGAGAUUUUAGUUGAGAGCUCAAGUAAUGAUUCUGCUUCCUGUGAUACACGUGCAUCCAUGUUAUCUGAUGGGGGAUUAGCUGAAAGGACUCCUACAUCAGGCACUGGAUUUCCUUCUGAUUUGGAUUUAUCAGUUGUUGAUCCAAGCGAUAUUGCUGGGUUUUCAGAGAAAACUAAUUCAGAUCUAGAUUGCUCAGGAGAUGGAGUUUCAUUGGACGAUGAUGCUGUGGAAAUAGUAAAGGCAAAGAAGUCUAAGAAACUGGAGCGCAAGAACUCUUCUUUAAUGAUGGAGUUGUCUGACAAAAGCUUUAUACCUCCGUCCGUCAGUAUAACGCCUAUACAAUCAUCAACGACUAAUUUUAAUUCUGUUCUGAGCGGAAUGGGUUUGGAAAGGAGGCCUGGUAUAGAAAUCAUACCAAUCGCGAAUUCCCCGGCAGUAUCUUUGCCAAGUUCAAUAACAAUUACGCCUAUUUCAUCAUCUCAUGGCCAUAUUCAUGAGGGCGAGCGCAGUAAGGAUCGAAGUAGUAGCAAUAAGUCAAGAUCAUCAGAAGAGAAAAAGAAGCGCAGAAAAAGACGUGAAGAUAGCAAUAGCCCAAAAAUGGGGCCACCAGGAGGUAAAUUAGAUGGGUCGCCUAGUAAACCUCGAAGUUCCGAACAUAGCCCCAGUAAACAUAGCAGUUCAUCUGGAAAACCCAGUAUGUCUUCUAUGAAAUCAUCUUCAUCUUCAUCAUCAAAUAAACUAAAAGAAUCUUCAAAAAUUAAGAGUUCUAGUAUAAAGCUAAAGCCAUUAGAUAUAUCAGUUGAAACUCAACCAAGUGGAGAUGAAUGCGUCAUUUCACCUUCUUCAUCUAUGUCGGAUUCUUCUAAAGGUCAAACUCAAGUACAGGCCCGAAAUCGUAAGGGUUCGCUCAGUGCAGUUAUCGAUAAAUUAAAAUCAGCUCAAUCUUCCGGGGCUGUCGAUGUGGACCAAAGAUUUCAACAAAGUUCUAUUCAAGGGACAGGCAAAAAUACAGAGUAUAUGGUAAAACCCAGUUCAGAUGGAAUGAAGAUUACAAUUAAUAAAACAAGAACCGGUAAACCACCUUCUGGUUCUAGUUCACCAAAGACUCACACUGGUUUGAAGCCAGGCGUGAAUAGUGGACCGGCAUCUAAGAAGCCACAGGCAUAUUCUAACAAAACUCCUAUGGGUGGAAGCAGCAUUGUUAAAUCUGCUAGCGCUUCCGAUAUAAAGUCCAUGAGUGUAUCUUCAUCAUUUUCUAAAACUAAUUCUUCUUCAAGUUUAUCUCUAUCAAACUCAACAAAAUCCUCAAAAUCUAUUAUUGGAUCUCCUAAAUCAAGUUCAUCUUCAGAUAGCAGUAUGAAGUCUUAUAAUCGUGAAAAACAGAGGUCUACGAAGAGCAAUGAUAAAAGCAUUUUUAAGAGUGGCGAAAGUAAAAGAUCAAGUCCUGCGCCUUCAAGGGAUGAGCCAGAUAACGAUCGUUCAAUGAAAUUAUUAGGGCAGUCAGGCUUACCUCCGCAGUUAAUGGUAGAAGGCCUAAUAAAAUCUUUAGAUACAAAGUUCCAGAUCCCUAAAUUAUCACAAAGAAUUGGUGAAGAUGGCAAGAAAAGCUCUCACAUAGACAAACCUUCUACCCCUUUACUUUCUUUGAAUGAACUGAACGAUCGAAGUCCCUUGGAUAUUAACACAAAACUAUUUUCAGAUUUUAUGGCAAGCAAAGAUUUAUCAGGAAAAUAUAAUCAUCCAUCCUUAAAACAGUUAGAUAACAAUCCGAAACUUCCAAAACUUCCUAAUUGCACGAAUGCCUCAGUUUCUUUGACGUUAGCAUCGUCGAAAUCCUCCAGCGCUAUAGAGAACAUGAGCUAUUCUAAAGAGAGUUCAAAAAUGGAUUCAAAAGGAAUGGAAGGCCGCACGAAUUUUUUAAAUAGUUUGCAUAUAUCUCCUCUAAGUAAAGAUGAUAGUCACAUUAAAGACUAUUGUAAACCGAGCAACAAGCUGCCAUCAUCAUAUAAUACUGAUUUUUCUAUGACCAAAACUCCUUCAGAUAUAAAUAAGUUCAUCAUGAACAAAAAUGUAGAUGAAGGCAAACGUACUCCAGAUGCCUUACUUGACUACUCAAGCAAUAAGAAUGAUUCUUCAAGUUCAGGAAGCAUGAACAUGAUGAAUUCUGCUGGAAGCAACAGGUUUUCUUCACCUUCGGUGUCACUUCAUUUUGUGAAGUCGCCUGUACCAUCACCACUACUUGGACUCGGAGGUGGAGCUCUUACCAGUUCACCACAUGUUGAAAAUGACGAGUUAAUGGACGAAGCUUUAGUAGGCAUAGGAAAGUGAUAUUAUCCACGGCCUUGCUCCAUAUAUACAUAAGCGCGGGCUGAUUGGAUCAAGAUGGUUUUGCUGAUACUCCUGGUGAGCAAGAUAUCAAGAUCAUCAGGUGGAUUCAACGUGUUUAUGGGGUUAGGCCGUUGUGGUAACUAUUUUUUCAUACAUUUCUAAUUGCAGUUAAAAAACUUAAAAUCAAUGAUAUAUGCAUUUUUGGAAAUGAGUAUAUCAUUGGUGACCGAUAUCUUUACUAGCCGUUAAGGAACAUAAAAAUUUUGCAAUAUCGCAUUUUUUUCGCGCGAUUUUUAAAUUUUUGGAGCUUCGUGUUUUUAAGUUCAGGUGUAAAUGUCGGAGUGCUUUUUAAUUGAACAGUAAAAAAUAAUACAA